GUGCUACUAAAGAGCCAAUUUUUUAAGAGAGACAAUAUCAUGGCCUCCAACAAGAAGCUCAACUCUUCCUUGGGCUUCAUUCCGUUGUUGCUUUCAUUUCUCCUGCAAUGCCAUUCUGGCAAAAGUGAACUCCAGUUAAACUACUACGCAAACAGUUGCCCAAACGCCGAAGAGAUCAUCAAGCAACAAGUCAUCAAUCUAUACCAUAAACAUGGAAACACAGCCGUCUCUUGGAUUAGAAAUCUCUUCCAUGAUUGCAUGGUUAAGUCAUGCGAUGCGUCUCUUUUGUUGGAGAGCUUGAACGGAAUCGAAUCGGAGAAGACGGUUGAGAGGAGUUUCGGGAUGAGAAACUUCAAGUACGUCAACACAAUCAAGGCGGCCGUGGAGAAGGAAUGCCCUCUCACGGUUUCUUGCGCUGAUGUUGUGGCUCUUUCUGCUAGAGAUGGCAUUGUCAUGUUGGGAGGGCCACGUAUUGAGAUGAAAACGGGAAGAAAGGACAGUAGAGAAAGCUAUGCAAGUGUGGUGGAUGACUUCAUUCCUAAUCACAAUGAUUCAAUCUCUCUGGUGCUUUCCCAGUUUCAAUCCAUUGGUAUUGACACUGAAGGAACGGUUGCUCUAUUAGGAGCUCACUCUGUGGGCCGAGUCCACUGCAAGAAUCUGGUCCAAAGGCUCUACCCGACAGUGGACCCCACUCUGGACCCAGACUACGCAACGUACCUAAAGGGCCGGUGCCCAAGCCCAAAUCCAGACCCAAAUGCAGUUCUUUACUCUAGAAACGACAGGGAAACUCCAAUGAUACUCGACAAUGUCUACUACACAAACGUGCUCAAACACAAAGGCCUACUCAUCGUCGACCAGCAGUUGACCUCUGACACUUCGACUCUACCGUUCGUCGAAAAAAUGGCUGCCGAUAACGACUACUUCCACGAGCAGUUUUCCCGCGCCGUCCUCUUGAUGUCGGAGAACAAUCCCCUCACCGACGACCAAGGUGAAGUGAGAAAGGAUUGCAGAUUCGUUAAUUAGUAACGUCUUUCAAAUCUACCAAAAUAAAGAUUUUAAGACUUUGAUAAUCGAUGUGAAAAAAUGAUCACUAGUCCGCUACCAUAAUUUAACAUAAAAUAGAUCUUAUAUGUAUACAAGAUAUGCGUGACAUAUUAUGUGUAUAUAUUAUAGUGCCAAGACACUAUAAUGCUCAAACAUCUCUUCUCAUUUUCUUAUGCUGUGUGCCGCAGAAUUAUGUAAAAAUAAGAAAGAAAAUAU